AGGAAGGAUGAAAAUUGUCUACAGCUGCCGCUGUGUUGUGUUGUGUUGUUUGUUUGUUGACAAGACAAUGCUGCUGCUGGGUUGGAUUUUUGAUUUAGAAUCCGAAUCCCUGUAAAAGUGAGUUUUGUAAUUGUAACAUUUAAGCAAUGGAUAAACCUGAAAACAACACUAGAAAUGCGUCUCAAAGCGUGUUGAAAUUGAUUCAACCUGAACUUCUAUCAGUAGAAGAACUUGAAAAUAUCCUAAAAGAGAGAAGUGUUCCAUCUAGUAAGCUGCCUCAGUCAAAAGAUGAAUUAGUGUCCCUCUUCAAGACCGUUGCAUUUCCCCUCCCACAAAGAGAGUUUCGAGAGAAUUAUAGAGGCUUAAUGCAAUCAAGGAAGAAAGCUGAACGCAAAAGAAUUUGUUUAGCUUCAGUUAGCGAACAUAAAAGUUUCACCUUUGGAGUAAAUGAAGCUUCUAGUUCAACAAGACAUCCAAUAGAGCAAAAAAGUGAUAGACUCAAACCACCUCCUGAUUCAAUCAAUCACGAAAGGAAAAAGAUACGUUUGAGUAGCAAUAAUAGUACUGAUUUGGAUAAAAUUGUUAUCAAAAAACGCAAACCUUCAGAAAGAAGUGAUUCAGUUGAAGACAAACAAUAUUGUUUAACUAACCACCAGCCUGAAAAUGAGAGGCUGUCAUCCACCACUAGUGAAGAUAAAAGCAGUGAUAGUUGUAAUGGUAGUAAAAUAAGUAGGCCUAAAAAAAUAUCUCUAAAAAGGAACCACUUAGUUUCAACGUCAUCCAUCUCUUCAUGUGAAAGCACGCCUGAAAAAUCUCCAUCCGAACCAGACAAAAAACGGAAACUGAUUACUUGGCCCUAAACAGUUUUAUUUAAUUGCUGUGGUAUUUUAAUAACAGUAAGAUUUACUGUACCUAGCCUUUUUAUUUAAUUUUUUAAGAGUGUUCUAAAAGCUUUGUGUAAAAUUUAAAACUGAAUUUACUCUCAGAAUUGUAUAGGUAAAUUUAAAUGAUGAUAUCAAAGAAGUUGUUUUUUAGAGAGUGAUUAGAAGUUUGUGUGGAUUCCAUUAAAUUAAAUGUGUUUAUCUUUUGUUACAGAGAACUCAACACACCAUUAAAAUUCAUCCAUUCCUUAUCAACCUCUCACGUAAAUUGAUUUUAUCAGUAAUUCUUGUUCUUGUUCGCUUGAAAUUAUGUUAGCAAAACGAUUUUACAAAAGCAGGGGUUAUAAAUCUUGAAAUAGCGUAGUCCUAUAGCAGGUGUCUAACCCGUAGAGAUAACUUUCCCAAAGGCCCAGUCCUUACUAAAAGGAAGACCAGUGUGUCCAGAAAUAGGCUGGUCCUGAAGGUGACUGGGUGUUCUUUUCUGUAUAUACUUCUGAAAUGUUAAGUGAUUGUCAUAAACAGCUUGUCACAGACAGUUUCUAACACCCUCUGGUCCAAGAUGAAAGCAACUGAUGUAGUUUGUCCAAUUUUGUCUAAAUCAUCGGGUCUUUUUUUAUGUAGACGAGUGAGAAGAAACAAGAUGAUGAGUUAGGGUUUCUGUGUUAAAACUAAUCAAAUAUUUGCCGAUCUGUGGUUGUAGUGUACUACAGUAGAACCUCACUAACUUGACAGUCAACAGCUGACUAGGCGCAGGCAAAAAUAAGCAACUUUUCCACAAUAUUUUAGUUUUAAUUUAAAUUUAACAUUUAAUAUUUGACAUUUCUUUGAAGAUUGUUUACUCAAUAUAUGAAAAUACAUAUAAUACAAUAUGUAAAUAAUACAUUUAUAUGUAAAAAUUAGGCUGUUAUGAAUUUAUUACUUUACAACCCCCAAACUCGAAAACCUCAGAGUCCACAAAUAGUCGAGUUAGUCAAGUUUUACUUUAAUUUGCUUCUUGAUAUUUAUUUUCUUAUUGCGUCCCUAGAAAAAUAAUAGGUACCGUACCGUGUCAAAUUAAGAAUAAAAGGUGCCUACAUGGUUUUAAUUGUUACCGUAUUAAUUUAAGCUAUUUAUUUAUUAGCUGUUUCAACAAAGCUUCUAGAACACUAAAUGUAAUGAAUGUAUGUUUUAAUACAUUGAGGGAUUUUAAAUUUAUUACAGAUCAAUUUUGUAAACAUUGUUAACAUAGUGAUAAAUAUCAAUUUUGUUUAGUGGUUUUAUCCAUCUGUGUGCAGUACUUGUUAAGUUUAAGUGCAAACUGUGUGCCAAUAGAUGUAAGAUUAGCCUUUGAUUGAUCAUAGCAUGAAAAAGUCGAAUUACAUUUUUUACAUUUGUUUGAAUAAAAUACUUGAGCCAAAAUAUGGAUAUUUUCAAGAAAAUUUGACUAUAAAACAUAAAUUAAUAUUGCAUUAAUUAAUUGUAAAUGUGUUUUAAAGCAACUAGUCAUUAAUUUAAGUUUAAGAUUGUUAAAUUUUGAAGUCUUUAAGGAAUCCUCUAGGACAGAGGUUCCCAAACUUUUUGGUCUGGCAACCAACGUUUAUCUUUCACUUUUUUCAUGACCCUCCUAAAUAAUAAUAAAUAAUUUGAUAAUUAAUACGUACAACUAUCAUCUUAUACAUUAACUAGCAGUUACCCGGCACGCGUUGCUGCGCUUAACGACUAUUAUUUUUAAUGGUAAUUUGUUCUUUACGAUGAAUAAAAAAAGUGUACCUAUACCAAAAAUUAAAAUAUAAUAUUUUACUUAAUUGCCAUUGGAUAAAUGUUUUUUUUGUUUUUUCAUUAGGUGUAUAAAUAUAAACACUUUUAGGCGUACCUACCACCAGUGAGCACGCAACAUACAGCUGUUCGUGUGAAAAGCGUGCAUUUUCUAAAUUUAAACCGACGAUAUUCAGGUAUUGUCCUAGUGCCUUAUAAUGGUGAUUGUGAAAGCAAGACACAAAGGAAAUUGUAGUUGCUUAUAUUCUUCUUGUCCUUGAAAGAUGCUUAAUAAUGCCUGAAAGUAUCAUUACAAUCUGUCGAACGGUUUUGGAGUCCAUAACGUACAUACAUAGUUCCUCUUUUAUAGAUAUAGAUAUAUCGAAUAUGUUUUAGUACACCACUUGCGAACUCGCUUUUCUGGUGCUCUCAUGACUCAUGACUGGACAGUAAAAAUGGUAACUUACCCAGCUUUUGAUUCUGGCCGAAAAUAUGUUAAAUGUUUGAACACUUUCCGCGACCCAUCAAAAUAGAUAACACGACCAUAGUCAUGACCAAUAGUUUGGGAACUGCUGCUCUCGUAUUAGAAAAAUAUUACAAACCAUAUUUUAAACAGUAUUUUGCUUCAUGAAACCCAUUUUAGCUUGUAAUGCAUAUCGAUUUCAGACUAGGUUCAUGAAAACUUUAAUUUUCUCAUAGUUAGUCCCUUUGCCUUAAGAGGGUUCCACCCGUCGGCUGGGCUGGUUACUGCAUAAACAUGGUCCUACAAAAAAGAACCUCGAGGCAUUAUUAAAGUGUUUAUCGAGGUGAAAUAAACUGUAGAAUAUUCACAAAGAUCAAAACUAUGUAUUCGAUAAACUGAAACUUCGUUAUUGUUUUUCUGAGUAUUUACAAAAUAAUUUUUAAAAUCCGUAAAUUAGUAUUUUUUCACAUGUGAUUUUAACUUCUGAAUAAUAGUUAAAAAUAGUUAUUUGUGUAACCAAAGUCCCACUUUGCUGCACACGAGAGCAAAGCGCCGAGUGCGGAAUGAUCUUGAGUGCAGCAAAGGCCUUUUGCACUCGUGUUACACAUUAUAUUUUUCCUACAGUCACUAUAAAGCAUAUAAAUAAUUAGUUUUUCAAUCAUUAUAGUUGACGUUUUUAGGUUCAGCUGGCAACACAAAUAGGUGCCCUAGAGAAAGUAGUCCCCGGUCCGUAUCACUCCGCUAUUUUUUCCUCGGCAAGCAAUGUGCUCCGCGACUUGAGAAAAUAGUUCCGUAUAUUUUUGUAAUUUGCAGUGGUUUCUGCGCCUAAAAAAAUGCUUUAAAGUUAUUUUCUUGUUUAUUAAUAUCGUAGGAAUGUUUUAAAAAACGUCCAGAAAGUUCAGAAAUACCGAAAAGAGAACAUAAACUAUAAACACGAAAUGACAGGUUAAAUCGUAGUUAUAAUAGUCAAUCAGCUGCUCAUGGUAUUAUUUUCUUUAAGUGUUGCCAUCCUAUUUCCAAGCGUACACGGAUUACGUGCAUAAUAGAACCACGAUGUUUUGUGUUGUUUCGUUGGAAUCCUGAUGUGCGCCAAAGUAUAAACCGUACGAAAAACUAUAAACCUUACGAAAAAGUAUAAAUAUGCAGCAAUUAGCAGCUUUCUGUACUACAAACAGUACAAGGAAGCCAACUUUGUCGGGUGACUGUAGGAAAUAGUUAUUUGUGCAACUAGUGAGCAAAGGGAAAAUUGACUCACUCGAGAGAAAUACUUACUCACGAACCAUAGGCGAGUGAGGAAUGGUUUCUUGAGUGAGGCAAUUGCACUUUGCACUUGAGUUGCACAUUAUAUUUUUCCUACAGUUACCAUAAAACAAAUAAAUUGGUAAAGAAACGUGACAUAUUUUUACACAGAAGUGAACUUUUAAUAUAAAAUUUAAUGAUACAACAGUACAACAGCUGACCAGCUGAUUUACAGCCAGUGCUGCCAACGUAUUUCGCGCGCAUAUGACCUUGUAUGCAUGUUACGCGCUCACUAUUUCGUGCCUUCACGUUGCAAAUCUGGAGUGAGUGGAACUGUAGGAAAAAUAAUUUUUCCUCAUUCAUUGCAAGCAAGCUCUGAUAUGUCAAGAGCACACAAAAAAACACGCAAUCAUUGAAAAUAAUGUUGAAAGCUUUUACAAUAGAGGCUUGUAAUAUGUUCUAUCCCGAACUAUAUUACAAUCCAUAUAAUCCACCAUCUUGAAUUGAAAUUCAGUCUGCCAGGUAGAACCCACUUAAGAGAGGAAAAUACAAUGUUGAACAGUGUUAAGAUCACCCUGUGUUUAACAUGUGGGAUUGUAACAAAAGUCAUAAUGUUUGUCUUAAGUGUAAUAGUGUUGCAUGGUUAUUUUACUGACUCUUGUCAUAUUUUAAAAUAUUUAGUUAUUGCCAUUCAUAUGGUUAGUGGGUGAUGUCAGAUGUUUCUAUCAUUAUGAGCUUUUAUUUUUCUGAAAUAACCAAAUAUGAUGUUGGUGUUGUGUUA